AUGGCAAAGGAAUUACAUUUGCUGUUAAGCGCAUUGCUCGUGCUGGCCACUGGAAUUGAGCAGAUACAGUGCAACGAAUAUAAUGAAACGUUUCUGGAGCAAACUGUCCAUUAUAUUGAAUAUGUACUACAUCAGCCAUUGGCACGUGAGUCACAGCUAUGCGAAGAGGAUACUACCGGUACAGCGUUAGAUGAGUUUCCUGAGCUUUUCACAGUGGAGCAAUUGCGUCAAGGCUGGGUCGUGUUGCAUGUCUUUGCCGCCGUCUAUUUCUUCAUAUUGCUCGCUAUUAUUUGCAACGACUAUUUCCUGCCCACCGUCGAAUGUAUAUGUGAAGAUUUGAAUUUAUCCAAAGAUGUCGCUGCGGCGACUUUUAUGGCCACCGCCACCUCAAUGCCCGAAUUCUUUACGAAUACGAUAAGUACGCUCAUAACGGAUUCGGAUAUGGGUUUGGGCACGAUUAUCGGCUCGCUGAUGUUCAAUACAUUGGGCGUGGCUGCGUUGGGGGCGUUGGUCGUAAAAAAGCCCGUCCAGCUGGAUUGGUGGCCUAUAGCGCGUGAUUGUGUCAUAUAUAGUUUUAAUACAAUUGUACUCAUCAUACUCGCUUGGGGCGGCUAUGUCAGCUUCACCGAGUCAUGCAUCAUGAUGGGUUUCCUCAUUUUCUACUAUUUGCUCACGUUUAACAACAACAAAUUUAUGCCAGCCAUACGUGUUUUCGUGGAGGACAAGAUGAAUUGCUGCAUAUCGAAGCGUUAUGAUUUUACCGAGCCACCAGAGAAUAGCGCUAAGGCGCGACUGCCGCUUAAAAAGGAUCAUCUGGGCGGUGAUGGGCUUUUUGUGAUAAAUUUACCCGAUAAUACCUCAUCGACAGUCAAUUUGACGCAUUCAAAAAGUUAUACUAGCGACGAAAGCGAUGACGUGCCACCGCAGCCGCAACCGCAAAAACUCUUCUCACUGCCACAUGGUGAGACGGCAUUUAGAAAAUUCUGGUGGGCCUUCAUAUUUCCCAUUAAAUUUACACUGACAUUUGUUAUACCCAAUCCUGCCCAUCAUCGUCGCCUCUAUCCACUGUCAUUUUUGAUGUGCAUCAUUGCGAUUGGGCUCAAUGCUUAUAUGAUUGUGUGGAUGUUGACCGCAUUUGGUGUUGCGGUAAAUGUACCUGAAAUAAUUAUGGGACUCACCUUCUUGGCGGCCGGUUCAACUAUGCCCGAGGCGGUUUCCAGCUGUAUUUCAUUGCGCAAUGGUGAAAACGGCAUUGGCGUCUCCAACUCGCUGGGCGCCAACUCACUUGCCAUCCUACUCUCGCUGGGAGUGCCAUGGUUUAUUAAAAAUUGUAUGAAUUAUGGCAAAACAGAUGGCAGCGCUAUGAUUCAGAUUGCCGCGCAAGGUAUUGAAUUCAACAUUAUCAUUCUGCUGCUCUGCACCUUAUCGCUCUUCCUCGUACUGAGUUUUAGCGGUUAUCGGCUGACGAAACGUGCAGGCAUAGCAUUGAUCGGCGUCUACUUAGUAUUCAUUGUCCUGCAGAUUUUGAUUGAGAUGAAUGUGUUCUUCCCAAAACAAUGCUAGUGAGCAAAAUCGAAAAUUUAAAAAAUGGUUGAUAGAAAAGUAGUAUGUUGUGAAACUAUUUCUAGUAUUUUCUUUUAUAUUUUUGUAAAAAAAAAAAACAUUUUUUUACGUGAGCUAAUUAAGACUGUUUAGUACUAUAAGUACGAUGUAUAAAAACACCAAAUCUAUUUAAUUACACAAUGCGAAGCCAAAUUUUAGCUGUUGAAUUUUUAGGUUAUGUAAUUUUUAAGUUGUAAAUUUAGUAUAUAAAGUAUAGCAUUUGCCUAUGUACUUGUACACCGAUUUUAGUUAAUAUUAUUGAAUGUAUGUAGAUAUUUUUUUUGUAUUACUAAUUAGCCGGAAAUUGUGCUAUAGCCAAUUAAUUAGUGCCAGAAGUAGAAAUUAGCGGCUGAAAAAUUGUGUGUAGGUACACUAUAUAAGACCGCUUCGCAAUAGAAAGGCUAUGUAAACUUGUACUUAAUGAAUUUAUACUCAGCUGAGUAAUAAUGUAUAUUAGCUUAUUUAUUAUUAUUAGAUGUUUUUAAUACUGUUGAAUAUAAAGUUGAAGAUAAUGUGUAUGUAAAUAAAUUUACAAUUAAAACUUUAGAAGUUGAAUUAUGUGAAAUAAUACGACAGACGUAUCAGCUUUGGCGUUAGGUAGUGCUAAGUGUGCUCAAUAACUUUUACAUAUUUAAUUGAGUUUUUUAGACGGCCAAAAUUAUUUAACUUCAUCUUACCUCGUAAUUUUGCUAAAUUUGAAUCCGGAUUUGAAUUUGCCUAAGCGCUAACAAAAAAUAUCUUUCGCCGCAACAACAUACAUAUGUAUGUAUGUAUGUACAUAAAUCUUGAAACUGCUUUCAGCAACUGCACACACAAGAGACGACAAACAUUCAUACUAAAAAUGUAAAACAUACAAACAACGAAUUAGCAUGUAAGCAUGUGAUGUAAUAAAAACGGAAAAUAAAUAAUUUUUAAACAAUUA